CCGGCUUUGAGGCAAAGGGACGUGCUGUUUUGUUUUUCUGCUGGUCACCGACUCGAAAAGUAGCGGGAUUGCCACCUAAGGCUUCUCGCCACCCAUAUUGGCGUCGCUCGCUUCAUCACCUCACGUUAUCAAAAGCUCUUGAAGAGUAUCUUUGACAGGUCCGGUCGUUACACAAGUACCUACUACCACAAUCCAUGUCGGGUUGAUCCCACAUCGACACUCAAUAUCCAACGGCUGGCCUGUUGUUAUAAUUUUCGAACAUUCUCGACCUUGAACGUCACGUUAUUUUUUGAAGGGGAUCCACCGCUAAAGAAGGACUCGAACGCCCUCUGGCGUCUAUACAAACAUCACAAUGAGCAAAAGAUAUGUGCGACUAUUGGUACUGAUCUUGAGCUACCUGUCACUGGUACAGGCUGCCGCAUAUGACAGAGAAGGAAUUGCUGGACGAAGGUUAGCGAAGACCGGGAACAAACAUAAAGGACAGAAAGGGCGGAAAGGACAGGCCAAGGGGCAAUUGCAAGGAUCGGUUCUGAUAGUUACCGAGACUGUCAGAGAGACGGUGACGGCGGGCAGUGGUGCUGGCGUCAACGGAACGAUCGCGGCUGGGACCGUGACGGAGACGGUCACCGUGACCCAAAAGGAAGCUGCUGGGGCACUACCUGGCACCGGGAACUUGCAGCUCUCUUUCGUGACAACAACAGUUUUCGGCACCGGCUCGCCUUCAACCGUCACCAUCACAGCUUUGCCCCAGAUCAUCACCCAGACGAUAGCCCAAACCAUUACCCAGAUCCAGUCGGUACCAGCAGCAUGUUCUUCCAGCCAAGUACCAGGAGUGGUUGCGGGAGCACCCGCCGCCACCGAUCCUGCCAAUGACGGACUACCGCGCGCCAGCGGUGGAGUGGGAGUGACGACGGUUUCGAUCCCAGCUGCUUUACGCACUUCGACUUUGGAGGUGCCCCCGGCUGCUACUGCCCCCUCGACCUCGAUCUCGGUAUCCUCAGUUGAAGCAACCUCCACGACGAGCGCGGAAUUAGUAGCUAGCAGCACAUCCUCUGCUUUGGAGCUCUCUACCACUUCAACUGCGGAGGCCAUUAUUACCACUUCUUCAACGAACGCCAUCACCACCUCCACAUCCAGCACCGCCCCCGCCGUAGCAAUCACCUCAGUAGUCUCCGUCGAAUCCCCCUCCUCGACCUCGACCUCGACCCGCAGCAGCAGCAGCAGCAGCACCGCGGUGGCCGUUGGAGGAGGAACAGAGCCGACCUCAGUCCUCGUUCUCCCGGCCGUUUCGGCAGCCAACCCGACAACCACCGCAGUGGCACCGGGUGUUGCGAAUGGAGGCAUCCAGCUCCCCCCUGAUGUUUCGGGACUGAGCUUGACGAAUGUGUUGAAUUUGGGGAAUUUGGUGCCGCCUACGGCUGCGGCGCGGCCGUGAGCGAGAGGGAUGAAGAUGGUUGGAAGUUGGGGGAUGGUGAUGACUGGUAGGAGGGAGUUAGUUGGGGGAGAAAGGGAGGGGGACGGGAGUGUGGUCCAUGUUUUCUUGAAGUUGUUUCGCUUCGACGUAGCGGUUGUGUUGAGAGUUGUCUAUACCCGGGCGUAGAGCGCUGUUGCCGGUGACGACUGAUAUAAUGUGUAUAAAUAUUCGUUUCUCCCAUCAAAGACCGCCAUUGUACUCGGCGCUAGACAGGCACGUUAAACCGAUCAAGUUUAGAGACGCUUGACGAUUACCAG